AUGGAUGACGGGAAUGCUCCACCAAAACCACCGGAACAGAAUUUACCCUCCUUUUCUGGGAAUCCGGCUCCUCAACCGCGAACGACAGCAAAUGCUCCUUUACAACAAAAACGUCAGUUUUAACGUUUUCUAUUAGUUUUAUUGCUUAGAAAUUGCAGUUGACUGAAUAAAUGUAUCGUAACUUGUCAGAGCUUAAUGAAAUUAGGAGAAUUUCAGUAAUACUUAGCUUUUUUGGCACGAAAUCAUGUUUUUUUUUCGUUUUUUGAACUUUUUUCGGCAGCAAAAACUAUCAUUUUUGUUUGAAAUAUGAAAGCUCUUGAAAACUCGUAGAUUUCACGAAAAAAUGAAUUUUUCAAUUGAAGCGAUUCUUCGAGACUUUUCUUCAUUUUACGUAUAAAAUUGGCUUUUAGCGUCUACUUCGGGAGCUACAACAUCUAAUCCAACGUCAUCAAGGCCGCAGCCAAACCAACAAUUCAGUUUCACACAUCCUCAGAAUGCUCCAUUGCUUUCUGGACAGCGAGUGACUCCUUCAGUUCCUCGUGAGAUUCCGCCAGGUAACUUUUAAGAAAACUUAAAUUUAUACUUUUUAUUAUUUUGAUCCAAGUAUUUUUCUUUUUCGGCUCUAGGAGCACAAGUAAAAAUGUUACUGUUCAAAUAUUGCUAGAAAAAACUCCUCAAAACGCAAAAUGUUCAAAUUCGAGUACAGCAAAGACUUAUCCCAAUCGAGAAAUUGUGAUAGCAUUGAUAAGAGCAGAGUAUUAUAAAUAUUAGUCCAAAGAAUAUUCAUUUCUUAAACAAUUUGGAAAGUUGGUGAUAAGUUUUUCUAUCCUACCACGUUGUUCCAGUUAGAUCCAAUCGCAAAAAAAUAUUUCGAAGAAAAAAAUUAAAAAUUUUUGAAACAACAAAAAUAAAUUCUCUCAUCUGUCUUUUACACAAUUCCAUUUUUCAGAUACGUAUCCGCCUUCAAUGAACAAUCAAUACCUUGCGCGGACUAUGCUGAAUUCGCAACACCAUUUUUCUCAAGACCUAUCUAAUUUUCAACCGGAUCCGCAUCAAUUUGUGAAGAUGCAAGAGCAAAUUCGCGUUGGAGAGCUGGAUCCAGAGCUGUCGAUUCGAGAAUAUCAUAUGAAGACGUUCCAGCUUCUAGAAUCUCCCAUUCACAGUCCAGCGUUGCGAUCUCCACGGGCUCCGCCACGUAGGAAAAUAGCCGAAACCGCAGCCCAACAGCAGCAAAUUCUACAACAGCAACAAAUGGUUAAACAACAAAAAAUCGCUCAACAGCAGCAAAUGAUCCAGCAGCAGCAAAUGAUUCAUCAGCAGCAAUUGGUCCAACCGCAGCAAGUAGUCCAUCAGCAGCAAAUAGUCCAUCAGCAGCAAAUAGUCCAUCAGCAGCAAAUGGUCCAACCGCAGCAAAUGGUCCAACAGCAGCAAAUGGUCCCACAUCAGCCAAUGGUUCAACAGCAGCAAAUGGUUCAACAGCAGCAAAUGGUUCAACAGCAGCAAAUGGUUCAACGGCAGCAGCCAAUAGUUCAACGGCAGCAGCAAAUGGUCCAACAGCAGCAAAUGGUCCAACAGCAAAUGGUCCAACCGCAGCAAAUGGUUCAUCAGCAGCAAUUGGUCCAACAGCAGCAAAUGGUCCAACCGCAGCCAAGGGUCCAACAACAACGAAGACCGCCUGUCAAAUCAUCAGCGCAAUCAAUAGAGCGAAGGAUGCAAGAACAUUUGUACGCCAGGCCUCCCGAAGAGCAGCCUAUGCAGACAGGGUCGACCGUUGAACAAACGUCUGCUGGUAGACGUUAUGCCCAACAAGCGACUUCUCGAGGGCUUCCACCCAAAACCGAAACAGUCCUUAACAUCAAGCUUCAGGAGAUUUUGGCCAAAGCUGCCAGAGAAGCUCGGCAGGAAGAAGAAAUGAUGAAAGCACGGAAAAGAGCUGUCGAUGAAAAGAUUCAACGGCUUGGAGCUAGAAAUCAGUUACCACAAUCUUCUUACGCUAAUCGAAACAUCAAUGUUCAACGCCCUUUGCCAGAAAAUCCUCAAGGACUAACAACGCAGCGAAUAGGAGCUCCUCAAACUAAUUUGUCCCGGCCGAUGGUUCAGAAUCCAACUGUAGAUACAAGAAACCAACCAUCAAUCUUGGCUCAUAAUAAAGUGUCCAGUCAACCUGGACCUUCGUCCAUGCAGCAGCCGAUGCGCUAUCCAGUGCAGACAGCGGCGCCUCGAACAGAGUCUUUCAUGUCCCAACUCCAGCGAUUGGCAGAGCAUCCUCGAUCAGCAGCUCCUCGUCCCAGAAUAAUCGCUCAGAGCAGUCUUUACCCGCAAACGAGCACACAAUCUGUCGGGUUUCGUCCUACAGACUAUAAUAUUGGUCCCUUCCGUACACCUCCUAAUGUUCACUCUUUUCCUCAAAAAGCGCCGCCGAAGGCAAAAGAGCAGGCUAAAACGCCACAGAAAAAGUCAGCGCCUAGUCGACCGCAACCGUAUGAAAAUGAACCACAGAUCACGCAGGAAAGACUACAGGAGAUAAUAGGUACGGUUGAAGCACAAGUACAGGAGCAGCAAAGAACCCAACCGAAGCCGCCACCGAAGCGAUCUCGAGCUAAACAUACGCAGCAAGUGAUUGUUCAACCUCUCAUUCAUAGAGAAAGCCUUCCUCCUCCGGUUCAAGUCAUAAACCAACGUUUUGCCAACAUCUCCAUGCAGCAGAUGCAGCCAAGCACUUCUAGAAUGCCGGAUCAAGUUCAUUCAUUGAAUGCCCCUUCAACACAAGUUACGACAACUAUGGGUACAUCCACUCAGCAGUUUACUGUGCAAAGACGCCCUGUACAAAACCAACCUGUUCAAAUGCAGCCAACUCAGCAAUUCUUUGCUCAAGAACGUCAAGCACAGCAGCAACUGCCUCAACAGCAUCUUGUUCAACAGCGUCUCGUUCAGAAUCGAUCAGUUCAACAAAAUCCAGUUCAACAGGCUCCUAUUCAACAAAUCUCAGUUUCACAAAGCUUUAGUCAACAAAUGCCAGUGUCGCAGGCUUCUAACCAACAAGUUCAAGUUUCACAGGCAUUUAUUCAGCAAACUCCAGUUCCGCAGGGCCCUAUUCGACAAAUUCCCGUGUCACAAGCCUUCAUUCAACAAACUCCAAUUCAACAGGCUCCUAUUCAACAGAAUCCAGUUGCACAGGCUCCUAUUCGGAAUACUCCAGCUCCACGAACUUUUAUGCAGCAAAACCCUGUUCCACAAGCUCCUAUUCAACAAGUUCCAGUUUCACAGGCCUUCAUUCAACAAGUUCCAGUUUCACAAGCUUUUAUCAAACAAACACCAGCUCCACGGGCUCCUAUUCGACAAUCUCCAGCUCCCCAAGCUUUCAUCCAGCAAAAUCCAGUUGCACAAGCUCCAGUUCCACAUGCUCACAAUCAACAGGUUCCCGUCCUACAAUCUCCAGCUCAGAACUAUACUGUUCAACAACAUCUUGUUCAAAAUUUCCUACCUCAACAGACGAACUUUUCUCCUCAACAAGCGAACUUGCUUUCUCAACAGACUGUUGUUCAACCAACUACUGUUCAAAAAGCCCCUUCUCAGACGCAGCGUAAAGGAAAUUCUUCUCAAAGCCGUCCUACCCCGCAGAAAGCAACCUUCGCUCCUCCAGUUGUUGUUCUUGAUGCAACCAGCCCACCGAAGCCUAAAGCACCACGCGUGCGGAAAAAACCAGAGCCAAAAGUGACGUUUGUGUCAGUGAUUCCGGGAGAGAUAAAACAAAGAAAGCCGCCGUCGAAGUAUCAAAUUCGAACGACUCUCCGGCUUAUGAGAAAGCUGAGGACCGCAGUAAACUUACCUGAUGAUGAGACCAAAAAACAAUUGGAAAUGCGCGUUCGUCGCAGAAAGUUGCAGCAAAAAAUUAUGAAGCGCAAAAUGAAGGAAGCUGCCAAACGCAAGGCACAAGCUUUGAAGGCUAAGAAAGCUCCACCGACCGGCGAACCACCAUCCAAACGAGCGAAGAUGUGCCCGAUGCAGAACAAGAAAAAGAAGACGAUCGUGCCAAAAAUGGUGAGUAGAUUUCUUUUUUUUUUGACUUAUCAGGUCAUACUAUCCAAAACUUUGUCGAAUCUCUUUUUUCGAAAACAGGAAAAUUCCCACAAUUUUCUCUGUCAAUAGUUAUUUUUUUCGAGGCACUUUCAAAAAUUGGAAACAAUCUUGUUCAAAACCCCUAUGUUUCUAGUAAGUAGAUUACGAGAGAUAGAGUCAGUUUGACAGAUUUUUAUAGCCAGACGUAAUUAUAUUUUUAAUAAAAACAAGUUUUUUGCAGGCGGUGACUCCUGCGCCGCCCACGAAACCACCAGCUCCUCCGGUUCAGCAGAUGGUGCCACGUCAGCAAGUGCAGAAGAUCCAGGAGCCGAGUCAACGGGAACUCCAUCAGCGGCUUCUGAUGGAAGAAAGGAAGAAACUCGAGUUAGAAAUGCAACAAGCGGACAAAGCUCAAGAGAAAAAAAAUCUUCUCGAAAAACAGCGUCGAGAAGCGCAGGUACAGCAAAUGCAGGUUUAUUCAUUUCUUUCAAGUAUAAAAAGAGAAAAGCCAUUUUCAGUUGAGUCGUCAAUAUCAAUUCCAACAACAGCCUUCUACGUCGAAAAUUCAGAUGCAUCCGACAUCAGUAACCGACAAAGUUUGCCUCCAGUUUUAUGUCAAAAAAAUCAAAUUUUUUAGGGCGUACUUCCACCAUUCAAUGAAAAAACAAUGAUCAAAGCUCCCAGAAUUGUGAGUUUUUUUUUGUCAUCAUAAGUGAUUCAAAAAAGGUACUCAACACUCUUUUACCUAUUAAAAUCUAGAAUUUUUUCAAUUUAUAACUCUCUAAUUCUAGAAACAAAGGUUCAAACUCUCAGAAUUUUUUUUUGCGUUUAAAUUCUGCUUGUUGGCUUUCUCAUUCAUUGAAGGAGUUGUAUGAAAACAGCUUAAAAAUAAUUUUUAUGUCAAAUUCUGCACGAUCUUCCUGGGCUGCAUUAACGAAAAAUAACCAACUUUCAAUUUAUUUCCUAAUUAAAAUUGCGUUUUUUUCACUUUUCUCUAAGAAAAAAAGUUUAAAAAUGUGAAACUUGAACGAUUGUGAUUUAUUUUCAGCAAGGUGCACCUGUUCAACUGAUUUCGCCAAACCUGACAGCUUCUUCAAGUCUCGAACCACCUAGAAAGAAAAAGAAGAGCUUUGUAAUUGAAACCGGACCAGACGGAAUGCCCAGAAAAGUCUGCCCGGAAAAGAAAAAGACAUCAAAGAAGGGUCAAAAUGAGCAGAAGGCUUCAACUUCAAAAACGACCAAGAGGAUUUUGAAGAAUAAACUGAUGCAAAGACAGCCAGGCGUCACAGUGGAAUACCUGAAAGACGACGAGAAAAACGAUUGUCGGCUCUUCCCAGACCUAUCAAUCCUUGUAGAGCCCGAAUGUUUGCCUGGUCCUUCCGGCCUGCCUCCUCCACCACUUGCCUCUCAGUCUUCAAAAUCUCGAGCUCACCCCAGCAGUUCUGCAGCUCAGAAAAGACAGCUCAUCCCAAUAACAACUGCUUAUCCGAAGGUAAGAGUAUUAAAAUGUCUGAGCUGGAGUAAAUUUUAGGGAGAGAACAGCAAAGGGCCGGUGGUGAUCACCAUACAAGAUGUGAGUUUUCUACCUUUUAAUUUUUAAUUCCAUCCACCCAAAUUUUAGCAUGAAGCCGCUCGUCGUGCUGCAGCAGCCGUACAGAACCAGAUGCAGAUGCAAAAACUCAUGGGAAGAAAAGUUCCGCCAAAGUAGUUGGAUCUCUCCUACUCUUAAACUUAUUAUAAUUUCAGCUAUCAAAAACACCAAUGCACAGAUGCUGAAAAUUACGGUAACACAAUUGAUAAUCUUCGAAAAAAUCAUCACAAAUUUUCAGCACGGGUAAUCAACUCUACGGAAACGAUCAAUGUUCAUCUUGCUCCAGACGACGUGUUCCAAAUUCCGAAAAUUCUUAUGGACAGCGUGAGCACUGAAAUUGAAAAAUGAGUAAAAAGAUAUCGUUUUCAGGAAUUGAUUAUGCGGGCAAGUGUGACUGUCGAAGCCUACUUUUCCCUUCCAAGUAGUGUAAGAGAACAUUUGAAGGUAUGAUGAUUAUUUUGUGAAGAAGACGAAUGACCAUUUUGCAGAAAUUCCUCCCAAAGGCGGAAAAUAAAGAAGAGGAGACGAAACUCGUUCGAUGUGCAUUAACUCGUCGCUGUGACUACACCCGUGGAAAUCCUAUCAAUAACUUGCAAAAAAGAUUGAAAGGCUAGUGAGAACAAGAAUUUUCGGCAAAGAUGGAAAAAUGGGUUAAAUGGGCAGUAGUCCAAUCAGUUUUUAUAUCAAGCCUGUUGGUGUUGAAGUUCGUUUUGAAAUGACGUCAAAAGUGCUUCAAAAUUUUUAUGACAUUUAUAAAUGAUAUACUCGCGUUUCAACUUCAUAACCCAAAAAAAACUUUUCCAAAAAAUUAGCAAAUUUUUAUGCAGAAAUCGUGUUUCGAAGCUUUUUUUUACACUGAACUGCAUCUUUUUUUCAUUUAUACUUGCUGGAAUUUAUAUCCAAGAAGAUACUUCAAAGCUUUCUAAAUUAAUUCUUUCAGGUGGUUGUUAUGGAGAAAAGCCGUCUGAGAGAGCGCACCUGACUAAUAACUUCAAGGUAAUAAUUAUUGUUUUAUGAAUUGCAUCGCAAUUUUCCAGGUCCUCUACGAGCAUCACUCUCGUUUAUAUCACAUAAGAUUGCUGAAAAGACUUCUCAUGAACCGACAGGUUUGUUCAUAUUUUUGAUUGGAAAAAGUAGUGCAAAAAGAUGCAAUCAAUUUGGAUUAAUGCUUUAUAUUUUGCACCGAUUUGAAUUUUAAACUCCAAGAAAAAAACUCAAUAAAAGACUUUAUUCCAUCUUUCAGCUCAUCCUGACGGCCGCCAUGCACACCGCUCCUGACGAAGCGAUGCGAAUCAGAGAAAAUCCCGAAACAGUUUUUCAAAGAAAGCAAAUUCUGGAGAUGAACCAACGCGUUAGGCGGCGCACCAAAAUGUAUUGUGUUUUAUUUCGAAAAAUAUUCCACAAAAACCAUUUGAGGAUGCUCACCGAUGUGAAGCUAAAGGCUGGUGAUCCAUCUGUGUCGAGUGAUGAAGAAGGUUUUCUUUUGCGAGUUAAUCAUGAAAUGUUUUAUUUUUCCAGGCGAAGCGGCUCUUCCUCCAAUUCCUAAAGUUCUGAUGGCCAACGUUGCUCGGUCGACCAUUUUCAAACCUAGUUUAAAAGGUGAAUUGUCUCCGAAACUCGAAUUCAUCUCUCAAAUUCAGACUUGGAUCUUCAUCAGCCUGUGAAAAUAGAUGAUGUCAAAACGAUGAUGCGCAAAUAUCGAGAGACUAAAAAGAAAAACCCGGUAAAAAAUCAACUCAACUAAAAUUCUUAUUUGUAUCUGUUACAGGAUGAGCCGAGCUUGAAUAUCAGAGGAAUUCGGCUAGAAGAUGUCUACAAAAGAGCAGGAAUCACUGCACAAAGCGACAAAAUUCGAACUCAGAUCCACGAACUCAAAAGUUUUCUGCGAGCUCCGCUGCCUGAAUUCGACAUGUAA